AUGCGUCCCAUCAAAAACGUCGUGGCCAUUGGCGCCUCGGGCACACUUGGUGCCGUCGUCCUAAAGAAGCUUCUCGAGGCGGGCAAAUUCAAUGUCACCGUCAUCAGACGUGCUGGCUCUACAUCCACCUUUUCUGCCGAUGUCAAGGUUGUCGACGUCGACUACUCUUCGCUGGAAUCACUCAAGUCAGCCUUUAAAGGCCAAGAUGCGGUCAUUUCACUCGUUCCCACCUUCGCAGCAGACACCCAGAAGGCUUUCAUCGAUGCUUCCAUUGAGACUGGAGUCUCUCGCUUUAUUCCUUCGGAGUUUAGUGCCAACCUGGCCAAUCAAAAAGCUCGCACCCUCCCAGUCUUCGUCCCCAAAGUCAAGCUUCAGGAGUACUUGAUUGGAAAGGCGAAGGACACAGACCUCACAUACACCUUCAUCUACGGCGGUGGCUGGCUAGAUGCAGGUCCGCACCGAAGCUUCCUCAUCAGCAGUAUUGGCGAAACCACCAAAACGUACGACGGUGGUGACGUGCCGUUCAGCGCAUCAACCCUCGAUACCGUCGCUGAUGCCAUUGUUUCGACUCUGGACCAUUUAGAGGAGACAAAAAAUCGCGCCGUCUAUGUGCACAGCCUCGUGACAACCCAGAACCGUUUGCUUACAUUGGGUAAGGAAGUGGCUCCCGAGAGAUCGUGGGACACGAUCGACUUCAAACUCGACGACUUGACCACUAAGUCUGACAAGAGACUGGCGGAAGGAAUUGCCGACUUCGAGACAUUUCUUCCAUAUAUCUUACGCGCCAUAUUUGAUCCAGCUUUCGGCGCGUGUUAUGAGAAGACGGACAAUGAGCUCCUGGGGAUCAAGGAGGCAUCGGAAGAGGAAGUUAGGGAGAUUUUGCGGACCUUACUGAAGCAGUAA